CGCUAAUCAAUCGACUACUGCAAGAUGUCUGGACGUGGUAAAGGAGGCAAGGCACGCUCCAAGGCAAAGAGCCGUUCAUCCCGAGCGGGGCUCCAGUUUCCGGUUGGCCGCGUCCAUCGCUUCUUGCGAAAGGGACACUACGCCGAGCGCGUUGGUGCCGGCGCUCCGGUGUACCUGGCGGCCGUGCUGGAGUACCUGACCGCCGAGAUCCUCGAGUUGGCUGGUAACGCUGCCCGCGACAACAAGAAGACCAGGAUCAUCCCCCGUCACCUUCAACUGGCCGUCCGCAACGACGAGGAGUUGAACAAGCUGAUGUCCGGCGUCACUAUUGCACAGGGCGGUGUUCUCCCCAACAUCCACUCCGUGCUUCUACCCAAGAAGACCGGCAAGGCCCAGUAGAUUCCAGACGGAGACCGAAAACCCCGGCCCUUUUCAGGGCCACCCACAUCCUUUCGAAAGACCUGUAUCAUAUUCGCAUAAAACUACACAUUACAUCUACACC